CCUUCCUUCAACAUCCACGCCCACCCCACGUUCACUGGCCCGAAACUACCUUGUCUGCUCACCAAUACGCGUCAAUUGAAUCGCUGCACUACCGGUAGACCGCUGUGAAGCUUUGCGCAUUGCGAUACGACGCGCGAUGAACAUUCCCAAUUCGUCAACCGCACCAGCAGCGGGCGAGUACGCUGGAGACGAGGUCUCCGCGAUCGUUCUCGACCCCGGAUACUCGACUGUACGCGCGGGGUUCGCGGGCGAAGACGUCCCCAAAUCAGUCUGCCCUUCCUUCUACGGCCUGACCGACGAAGGCAAAUAUCUCUUCGGCGAGAAUGCAAUCCAUGCGCCUGUCGGGAAUGUCAACAUCAAGAACUACUGGGGCUCAGAUGGCAUAGUAGAAGACUGGGACACGGCGACGAAGCUCUGGGAGUAUGCCAUCACCAGUCGGCUUACGGGCGCGAGACCUGGAGACCCUGCAAAGAACGGGCUAAAUGAUGGCGCUGAUGCGAACGGGGACGCCAUGGAUAUGGACAUUGAUGCGAUAGAGAACAACGAGAAGCCGCUAGAAGACAGCCCGUUGCUCGUCACUGAACCGGGUUGGAACAGCGCGAAAGCGCGGGAAAAGUACAUCGAGAUCGCAAUGGAGGACUGGGGCACGCCAGCCUUCUUCCUGCAAAAGACAGGUGUCCUGGCUGCCUUCGCGUCAGGCAAAGCGUCGGGCAUCAUCAUCGAUGUCGGCGCAUCACAUACCAGCGUUACGCCAGUGCUAGACGGCAUGGUGCUGCGCAAAGGCGUGCAAAAGUCUCCCUUAGCAGGCAACUUUGUCUCGUCCCAAAUCCGCCAAACAUUCAAGCAGGCGACCCCCGAGAUCCCACUCACACCACACUACCUGGUGCAAUCCAAAACCCAAGUUGACGCCGGCGCCCCCGCACAAGCAACCUACAAAUCUUUCUCCAGCAACCCACCUACAGACUCGUUCCGGCUCAACGAAGAAGACCGCAUCCUAACCGAGUUCAAAGAGUCUGUUGUAGAAGUCUGGCCAGGACCCGGCCGCUUCACAAACGGCACCAACGAAGAGCUCGCCAAGAACAUGCCCGGCAGACCCUUCGAGAUGCCAGACGGCUGGAACCAAGUCUUUGGACCAGAACGCUUCCGCGCGGCGGAGGGGCUAUUCGAUGCAUCUGCCGCACUGACGAGCGAGACCAACCCGCGGCCAAAGGAUGAGCAGACCAUCCCCAGACUGGUGCAGGCGGCGGUGCAGCAGGUCGAUGCUGAUCAGCGGCCCAUGCUGCUCUCUAAUAUCGUUGUCACGGGCGGUUCGACAUUACUAUACAAGUUCAACGAGCGUCUCAACUACGAGAUCAACAACAUCUACCCGUCUACUCGCAACAAGCUCAUCGCGCCGGGCAGUGUAGUGGAAAGAAAAUACGCAGCUUGGAUUGGAGGUAGUAUACUCGCCAGCCUGGGCAGUUUCCACCAGCUGUGGAUUUCAAAGAAGGAGUAUGAGGAGCAUGGAGCUGGUAUCGUAGAGAAGCGGUGUCGGUGAGCAAAUUAUACGUAGAAGGAGCUUGCAACUGGGAAGUUCUGGGCUAAGUUAGGGGUUCUGUUGCGGGUGAAGAGGAGUAUGUGCGUCUAAUGGCGUUUUUUGGACAAAAGGCUUUGUGAGAGUAGAGACAGAGUUUGAAGGCUAGUAAUGAUUUUAUUCGUGU